CCAUAGGUUUGGUUCUUGGUUGGGGAAGGAAUUAGGACGGAGAGACACUGGUAAUAAACUACCAUUGUUGUCCUGAAGCUGGAAUCUCGGCGCCUGCGUCCUGGUUUUGGUUGUUAGCUAGUGUUAGCCACUUCGCUAGUUAGAUCGGCUUUUGUGUCCAUAUUUAAUUUAAUUUUAUUUUAUUUUAACUCGGCAUGACUGUUUCUCAGUGUAGAAAACGCCGUAAGGAUCGAGAGUGAACUUCUAAGAAGUACCAAGUUUGACGACAUUCCCCGCGGGAAGGCUGAAGGCUGUUUUUCCUCCCUGCGGAUUAACUGACUAUCUAAUUAACUAACUGACUGUAUUAAUGCCACAAUGCAGGCCUUUUGUACGGAUUCACACAAAACGACAGGCCACGUCAGAACUCUCACAGUGUUAUAACAGGCAGAGAAAUAUAGGACACCAUUCCAGCUUUUUACAUCCCAGCAUUUUAAGUGACCUGGAAAAAAAAACGUGGCAGGAGCACAGCGGCUCACUGAUGGCAUUAAAAAGCUGCCAGGCUUUGCUGCCAUCUUAGAUCUUCUGCAGAACUUCUGAGAAUAAACUGGGAAGUAAGAACCGGCCAUUUAAAAUAGAUUUACCAAGUAAGGGGAAGAGGAAUUUGUCAUUAGCGCUUGUGACACACCGUCACUUGCGAACCUCAUUCUUGUGAACCACCUCAGUAGAUGUCCAGGUGACCAGCGGUGCUAUGACCACCAGCGGUCCCAUGCCGACUCCUUCGCCCCUCCGCCCUGCAGUGGCUCCCUCUGUGCAGCUAGGGGUCACUGUUCUCUACACCUGCCUGUAUGGCUGCCUGUUUCUGGUGGUCUACAUCCAGCUAUGGCUCCUGCUUCUCUACCGACACAAGCGCUGGAGUUACCAGAGCGUCUUCCUCUUCCUGUGUCUGUUCUGGGCCGCCCUCCGCACCACCCUGUUCUCCUUCUACUUCCACAACGCUGUGGCUGCCAACCACCUGUCCAAGCCAGCCUACUGGCUGCUCUACUGCUGUCCCGUCUGCCUGCAGUUCUUCACCCUCAGUCUCAUCAACCUAUACUUCACCCAGGUUUUGCUGAAAGUAAAGGAGAAAUUUAGCUCUGAGCCAAGCAGAGGACUACGCGCGGCGCGUUGGGCCUACGGAGGCAUGAGCCUGCUCUUCCUGUGUGUCAACGUGGCAUGCGCCAGUCUGGGUGAGCGCAAUGGUGGUACGGCGGGAGGCGGAGCCUGGAGGCUGGUGUUGCUCCGCGUGCUGGUCAACGACCUGCUCUUCAUCCUGGAGGCCGUCUCCAUGGCGGUGCUCCUGCUUCAGCUGACGCGCAUGGCGCCCUCUACCAGCCCGUACCUGCACAGCAAGGGUAUUACCGUGUGCCGAACUGCAGUGCUUGGCGCCGGCGUAAUACUGCUGUUCUCCAGUAGGGCAUGCUACAACCUGGCUGUGCUCGUAUUGUCCAGGGACCAUCAGGUUGAGGCUUUUGACUACAAUUGGUACAACAUCUCUGACCAGGCUGACCUGCACAACGACCUGGGAGACGCAGGCUACCUGGUGUUUGGGGUGAUCCUCGUCGUGUGGGAGUUGUUGCCCACCAGUCUGCUCAUUCUCAUCUUCAGGGUCCGCCAGGUCCCUCAGGAGACGGGCCACGUCACCACCCCAGUCAAUCGAGGCUCCCGCUCCUACUUCUUUGACGACCCUCGGGGAAUCGAGGGUGACCCAGGCACCCCCUGGCUCCACAGCGCACAUCCGCAAAACAGCUGGUUUGGCCGCAGCGAGACGGCGCCCCUCCUCUUCGCCAAGAACCUGCACCAGACCAAUCAGCAUCAUACCUUGUACUCCACUCCGCAGAGCUGACCACUCGUGAAGAUGCAGUUUGGCACCCCUUCCGGCCAAUUAGCCCUCAUCUGUAUCCUGACCUGUCGCCUGUCUUGGCUCUCUCACCUCCACACUCCUUUCCUCCGAACGAAGAGUACAUUUGCAUUUCAGAAUAACCUUGUGGUCCACUGGCCUGUACAGGAGCCCUAAAAUGACAUGAUACUGGGUAGCAAAAUGCAUCCUUACCCCAGAAUGGAGGAAAAAAAAUCCACCGGAUACAUCAGCUUUUCUUCACGCAUGGUCAUGCUGGGAUUAGCCUUUUAAAAGUAGACUUUGACACUAUCAGAAGUUCCUGCUUAGCUUAGUGUGUAGUUGGGGGCCCAAACUGUCAACAUGACAAUUCACUCCAGUUGCAUGAUCCCAAAAAUGGUGGCAGCCUGAAUACCCACAAGCUCAAUUGAUCAUUGAUGCUCUGAGUGGUGCUCACGGGUGGUGCUAGUGAGGCAAGUGCUAGACAUUUAGGGAAGAAUAUGUAUCUAUAUUAUAAACAUCUUUUUGAAGGGAAUAUUAUCCCCUGUGGGGCUUAUAGAAUGACUAUGGAAUUCAUUUUGUAUAUAAAAUUUCCAUAAUAAAACAUUUGAGAUUUAAUUCAUA